GGGGGGGGGGGGGGACAAAGUAAAGAUCUCCCUCUUCCCCCAUGGCACAGUGGCACAUGGCAAGAUGGGGGAAUAGGAUGUGGAGAGGUUGGGUUGGGCUAGAUGAUAUGCACGGCGCCCAGAUGGGAAACGCCCGGGCGGAUAGAGGGCGGAUAGAUCAACGGGUAGAUCGGUUCUUUGUCGAUUGUUACACUAGCCCCCAGCUGCGCCAUGCCGUAAUCAUGACGCUCAAGAACAACAUCGUGUCGUACACGAUGUGGGAAGCGUUCAGACGCGCGGCUUACUCACCAAAGGUAUCACCUCGAGCUCAAUGCCGUGCACCCGUUCUCAUCGCUGUCUGCCUACGUUGAUUCGCAUAAUAUCGUCUUUGGCAGUAGGUUCCGUACCGACGGCUCGCUCAUCAACCCUUCAGAUAGAAGAUCAAGCGAAACAAGACAGAACAGUCAUCACAAAUAAACCAUGGGACUACCGGCAAUGAGACCCCUCCUACUAGCGGGCGGCAAGUCAACCCGGAUGGGCACACCCAAACACCUCCUCCGAAUGCCCGACGGAACACCCCUGUACCGGCGGCAGCUGCAACUGCUACGCACCCUCUUCCCGGAGCCGCAGACGAUCUUCAUCUCUCUGGCGCAGGAGUCCGAGACAGACGAGUUCCUCGACGAGCUCCUGUCGCAGGCCACCAACCAGUCUGCCGAAGUGGAGGACUGCAAGACACCACCGCCAAGGAUACAGAUUCUACGCGACUACCAACCCGCGAGUCCGGACGCAAAGUACUCUGCUGCCGACGGCGAUGGGCCCGCCGCGGGACUUCUGGCAGCAUAUCGCUACGACGCGUGGGCGUACUGGGUCGUGUUGGCGUGCGAUUACCCGCUGAUCCCGGCAGAAGCCUUCUUCCACCUGUUUGUCAAGCGCGACGCUGUGCCUGUGACGUGUUUCCGCACUGCGGAAGGGGUAUGCGAGCCGCUGCUGGCGAUCUGGGCGCCGCCUGCGCUGUCGCGGCUGGCGGAGCGGGUCGCGCGGGGGCAUCCGCGGCCCGAGGAGACGGCGAGGGAGCUUGACGGGUUGAUGGUUGAUGCGCCGGCGGGGUGCGAGUGGUGGUUGACGAAUGUGAAUACGAUGGAGGAGUGGGUGAAGGCUGUGGAGGAAAUGAAGUUGGGGCCGCCAGGGAGAGGGGAGAUUGCGCCGGAGGGUAUUGUGGGGGAUGUUGUGUAGGAAAUUAAACUUCACCACUCUGAUUAACAUAUUGAUAUUCGAGCGUUGAUAUGCC